AGGGGAGUUUUGGCUGGGAAACGAUCACAUCCACCUGCUGACAAAAGGCAAAGACAUGAUUCUGCGUAUCGAGUUGGAGGACUUUGAAGGAGUUCGGGAAUAUGCGAAAUAUGACCAGUUCUACGUGGCUAACGAAUUCUUACACUACCGACUGUCAAUCAGCGGAUACAGCGGGACUGCCGGCAACGCCAUCAGCUUCAACAAGCACUUCAACCACGACCAGAAGUUCUUCUCCACGCCGGACCUCGACAACGACAUGUACCCCUCUGGAAACUGCGGCGCCUACUACAGCUCCGGCUGGUGGUUCGACGCCUGCAUGUCCGCCAACCUGAAUGGGAAAUACUACCACAAGAGGUACAAGGGAGUCCGGAACGGGAUCUUCUGGGGAACGUGGCACAACAUGUCCACAGAGUACUACCCUACCAACUACAGGCAGGCCUUUAAAACUGUCAAGAUGAUGAUACGGCCCAAAAACUAUGCUCCUUAAGUGGAUAUGUUCACAAAAAUUCAAUUUGUACAUCUUUCCACUGGCAAACACAGCAAACUAAGCCAAUAAAAGCAGUACCAACAAGGAUUGUUAAAAAUCUUAACGUUUUAUGAGUUUUUCUACUUUAGUGAGCCUGGAUUUCAUAGUAAAAGAGAAUGACCUGUGAACAAGGAUGAUAAUAAGAAAACACACAUGCCAUAAUAUCACAUGUGAAGUUAACACAAGCAAUUUCUCAUCCGUCUGACAUUUCUACACUUGCCGUCCUGCUGCCUCCCGCUAUAAACCCAGCUGAGUCGCAGCACAGCACACUCCAGCAGUAAAAACUAAUGACCUAUCAUUUUCUCUGCUGUAAAUGACUCCAUAAUUAACAGCAGCCACCCAAGUGAGGUAUAUGAAAGCUGAUGAUACCUUCAUUUUAAAAAUAUGAAAUUAAUCCUGAAUAGACAUCCUGCUGCGAACAGAGUCAAAAUGUUGCAUUAUUUUUCCUGCACAUUCUGGCACCACUAGCUUAACUACAACAGAAACAGCUUGCCAAUGGAUUAUCUUCCCCAAACAAUAUGAAGCGUUCUGGUCAAAAUCGUGCAGUCGGAAAAGAUUCCCCCUGAGUGCUACACACACUGUAUUAUUGAUUCUCUGGGAAAUUGUUCCUGACAGCAGCUACUGAGCAUGACAUUAAACAGUUCCAAGUGUUUUUCUAACCUUAUCCUGAGUGCGCCUAUCUCUGCUGCACACCUCUUGAUGUCAUACAACAUUCUUUAUCUCUAAGCUAACUCACUGUGUGUACAAUACUGCUACCUAAUGUUUGAAAACUGUACAGCAUCAUAUUGUAUGAUCCAUUU